CUUAUUCUAACCCGGACCUAUUGUAAACUGAGUCCCCACCAGACUACUUAUCAAGAAUAUUUAUAUAAAUCCUUUUAUUUUAUCACUUUAUUUGCCACGAGUUUCUUUUUAAAGCUGUAUUUUUUUUUAAUAUUUUUUUUUAUAACCGAAAGGAGAAUGUACGACUUAACAAGAACCGACAAUUCAAGAUGGCUGCGUCCACAAUAAAUGAUUUCGUAAGAUGACAUUGUGCCGUUUUAGUAUUUGAGUUCUAGUCUUGAAGAUUUUCUCAUUUAAUUUCCAAAGACAGUGUAAAGGAAAGCAUGGCACAUAGACUCUGCUUUAGAUGGACAUCGCAAUUCAAUUCACACACGUUUAGACUUCGUGUGAUUUCCAGUCCAUAUGUGGGACCGAACUCUAUAGUCCAAAAGCGAUUACAUCAUUCGUUAUCUAGGAUUUACCGUAAAACACUGAAAUCCAGACAGAGCAUCCCAAGAAUUCAAUAUUUAUCAACCGGGAAUUCUCCCAGAAAAAACAUUCUUUUUAGAAUCAAAGAUUUUUUGCUCCGAAGAAAGUCAAGUUCUAUCGCUGCAGACACGAAUAAGACGCCCAUUAAAAAGAAAGCUCCAAAUUCUUCAGAAAUUAGAAGACUGCUUUCGCUGGCAAGAUCAGAAAGAUGGAAACUUGUUGGUGCUGUGGGUUUGCUGUUGAUUUCCAGCGGAAUUUCCAUGUCCAUUCCAUUCUGCAUUGGAAAAGUCAUUGAUACUAUUUACUCAGACAGUGAGAACAUGACUGCCACACUAACAUAUAUCUGCCAGGUGUUGAUAUGUGUGUUUGUUAUUGGUGCUAUUGCAAACAUAGGAAGGAUAUACAUAAUGAAUAAUUCAGGUAAUAUUAUAGUUAAAAAUUUGCGAGAGAAACUUUUCCUGUCCAUCGUGAGACAGGAGAUAGGAUUCUUUGAUAAGAACAAGACAGGGGAGUUAAUCAACCGCCUGUCCACAGACACGUCACUGGUGGGCCGGUCCAUUACAAUGAACAUCUCUGAUGGGCUGCGGGCAGUGGCCCAGGGAAUGGGCGGAGUUGGAAUGAUGCUCUAUGUAUCCCCCAAACUGACUGGUAUUGUGGUCUGUGUUGUUCCCCCUCUUAUGCUGAUGUCAAGGUACUACGGUUCCUACCAAAAGAAAAUUACCAAAAACGUCCAGGACUCCCUUGCUAAUGCUACACAGGUAGCUGAGGAAAGAAUCAGUAGUAUAAGGACAGUGAGAGCAUUUGCACAAGAAAACAAAGAGAUCGCAGCGUAUAAUACGAAAAUAGAACACGUCUUACAACUGAUGCAGAAAGAGGCAAAAGCACUGGGCUUGUUUUGGGGAUUAACUGGCUUUACUGGUAACCUGAUCAUCCUGUCUGUUCUGUACAGUGGGGGUAUUAUGAUGCAGUCCUCCAUGAUUACAGUAGGAGAGUUAUCAUCCUUCCUUCUGUAUGCUGCUUAUGCUACUGUCUCAUUGAGCGGCAUGACCUCAUUUUACAGUGAGCUAAUGCGAGGAAUAGGUGCUUCCUCCAGGAUCUGGGAAUUAACCGACAGAGUUCCAAACAUCCCAAUCACUGGCGGUUUGGUUCCUUAUGCCCACACCUUUGGCAGCAUUGAGUUUAAAAACAUCAUGUUCAGCUACCCUUCCCGUUCCGAGUCUUUGAUAUUUAAUGAUCUUAGUCUGACCGUCCCUCCGGGACAAAUUACAGCGGUGGUCGGCUCCAGUGGAUCAGGGAAAUCCACACUCGGAUCACUGUUGCUGCGGUUUUACGACCCACAGAAAGGCAGUGUAUGUUUGGACGGCCAUGAUAUAAAGACCCUCGAUCCACACUGGCUCAGGAACCAGGUCGGUACAGUGAGCCAAGAACCGGUUCUGUUCUCCAGCACCAUCGCCGAGAACAUCAUGUAUGGGGCACCAGAUGCGAACUCUGUUAGUCUGGCAGAGAUCGAAAGUGCAUCCCAAAAAGCAAAUGCAUACAACUUCAUUAAGUCCUUUCCUAAUGGAUUUGAUACCGUUGUUGGUGAAAAGGGACUCAUGCUCUCAGGUGGCCAAAGACAGAGAAUAGCAAUAGCAAGAGCAAUCCUUAAGGACCCGAAGAUUCUGCUGUUGGAUGAAGCUACGAGUGCUUUAGAUGCAGAGAGUGAAUUUUUGGUGCAGGACGCUUUAGAGAAGUUAAUGGUAGAUAGGACGGUUAUCACCAUUGCUCACCGCCUCUCAACAAUUAGAUCCGCCAAUCAGAUUGCAGUUUUAGAUCUCGGGGCUGUGGCUGAGCUUGGUUCUUACCAAGAACUUAUGAAAAUUUCGAAUGGAAUAUUCCGUAAACUAGUGGAGAGACAAACUAUCACUCACUGAGGAAAAAUUAUUUGUUGACUAGGUUUUUAUUUAUUUACAAAAUAGAAUUUAUAUACAUGUACAUGCAUACUUAAUAUUAUUGUUUUAAUAAAGAUGUUAGAAGGAAA